GGGCGGGCGCUGGAGGCCCGGGAGAGCGCCCCGCAGGUGGGGGCCAUCGUCAUCACCGGCAGCCAAAAAGCCUUCGCAGCUGGCGCCGACAUCAAGGAGAUGCAGAAUAAAACCUUCCAGGAGUGCUACGGCGGCGGCUUUCUCCACCGGUUGGGACAAGGCUCCCCCCUCNUUCCUCCUCCUCUUCCUCCCCUCUCCCAGCUGGGCGGCGGGUGCGAGCUGGCCAUGAUGUGCGACAUCAUCUACGCCGGGGAGAAGGCGCAGUUUGGGCAACCCGAAAUCCUGCUGGGGACCAUCCCGGGCGCUGGAGGGACGCAGAGGUUGACCAGGGCGGUGGGGAAGUCGCUGGCGAUGGAGAUGGUCCUCACUGGGGAGCGGAUUUCGGCAGCAGAGGCGAAGGAGGAUGACCGCAAGGAGGGGAUGAAGGCGUUCGUGGAGAAGCGCAAGGCGAACUUCACCGACAGCUAA